CGUUCGGGCAGGAUGGCGGCGGCUGCGGUGGGCGCGGGCCCUGGCGCGGGGGGCCCGGGCGCAGUGAGCAGCAGUGGCGGCGCGCGCGAGGGCGCGCGGGUGGCGGCGCUGUGCCUGCUGUGGUACGCGCUGAGCGCGGGCGGCAACGUGGUCAACAAGGUGAUCCUGAGCGCCUUCCCGUUCCCGGUGACCGUGUCGCUGUGCCACAUCCUGGCUCUUUGCGCUGGGCUCCCGCCGCUGCUGCGCGCCUGGCGCGUGCCCCCCGCGCCGCCCGUCUCGGGCCCCGGACCCAGUCCGCAUCCGUCGUCCGGCCCGCUGCUGCCGCCGCGCUUCUACCCGCGCUACGUGCUGCCGCUCGCCUUCGGCAAGUACUUCGCGUCCGUGUCAGCGCACGUCAGCAUCUGGAAGGUGCCCGUGUCCUAUGCACAUACCGUCAAGGCCACCAUGCCCAUCUGGGUGGUCCUCCUGUCCCGGAUCAUUAUGAAGGAGAAGCAGAGCACCAAGGUAUACUUGUCACUCAUCCCCAUCAUCAGCGGUGUCCUGCUGGCCACCGUCACCGAGUUGUCUUUUGACAUGUGGGGACUCGUCAGCGCCCUCGCUGCCACGCUGUGCUUCUCGCUUCAGAACAUUUUCUCCAAAAAGGUCUUGCGAGAUUCACGGAUCCACCAUCUCCGGCUGCUCAACAUCCUGGGCUGCCAUGCCGUCUUCUUUAUGAUCCCCACCUGGGUUCUGGUGGACCUCUCGGCUUUCCUGGUCAGCAGCGACUUGACCUACGUCUACCAGUGGCCCUGGACGCUCCUGCUCCUGGCUGUCAGCGGCUUCUGUAACUUUGCCCAGAAUGUUAUCGCCUUCAGCAUCCUCAACCUCGUUAGCCCCUUGAGCUACUCAGUCGCCAAUGCCACCAAGAGAAUCAUGGUCAUCACGGUGUCCCUGAUCAUGCUGCGCAACCCAGUCACCAGCACCAACGUCCUGGGCAUGAUGACCGCCAUCCUGGGGGUCUUCCUCUAUAACAAGACCAAGUACGAUGCAAACCAGCAAGCCAGGAAGCACCUCCUCCCCGUCACCUCAGCGGACCUGAGCAGCAAGGAACGUCACCGGACCCCACUGGAGAAGCCCCACAACGGCCUCCUCUUCCCCCAGCACGGGGACUAUCAGUACGGCCGCAACAAUAUCUUAACAGACCACUUCCAGUACAGCCGGCAGAGCUACCCAAACUCGUACAGUUUGAACCGCUAUGAUGUGUAGAGUCCAGAGGACAGGACCAGACUGUUCUGUAACUCCUUCCCUGGCCCCCACAGCAGUAUCAGAAACUUCUGACAAUCAGUGAAUGUACAACCCAGCCGAGGGGAUGGUGCACAACUCUCCUUCAGAAGCCCUGGGGUUCCUGGCCCCCCGUGAGCCUCAGGAGGAUGCAUUGCCUGCAGUGCAGACAGCUGUGAGCUCUGGGCAAACCUAAACAGAGACCGGUGUCUCAUGCUCUUUCUUCCUGGAGUCUGUCAUCUGAGGGCCAUGUCCCUGCGGAGAUCUUGGCCACGUUGUACCUUUCCAUGUGGAAUUAUUCCCCAAGCAGUGUAGCUCAGAGCACUUGUGUCUGCAUUCCAGAUAACAUUCAGGACCCUGUGUGAAAAGCUGGGGUCACUGUGGCUGUAGACCAUGAGCUAGCAGUGGGGGUGUCCAGGGCGGUACUUGAGAACGUCAGACUGGCUACUUUAAUUCCCUGGCGCAGAUAUGCAUGGGACCAACAGGGUCACCGAGCAGACAGGGAGCCCGCGAGAAUCCAUUCAAAACAUCCCCAGCCACAGAGAUGGAUCCAGUUUCCUGGUCAUCCCCUUAGCAGUUCACAAGUUCCUGGAAAAUGUUCCAAAGCAAAAAGCGAUUGCAAUUAGCAUCCAGUUCCUGCAGCCUGGUGCUCUGCCCUGCACGUCAGGGUUGGCAUCCACCCAGAUCCAGAUGGAAGGGAAACUGCUCUCUUCUCCUUUGCCUCCUCUUCCCUCACCAGAGCAGGGCGCUUCUCUUGGGGUGGUGAGAAGGAUCUUCGAGAAAUCGUGUUCAGUAUUUUAAGCUCUAUUUCUGUGGCACGUGUCUUUUGAGAGGCGUCGUCACCUCUUCUGUGAUGACUUGGUAGGUUGUUUGGUAGAGAGAUCUUGAUUUUCGGAGGAUCUUGCAUUUUUCUAGGGAAUAUUUUGUAGUUUAUGUGUGUUUUUGCCUUGGUCCCCACUAUGGGAUGCAUUAGGACUGGCCUAUGCAUCGAAAAUCUUUUUGUUUCUAAACAUUUAAAAACUAAGUUCCCCGGCCAGGCACGGUGGCUCACACCUGUAAUCCCAGCACUUUGGGAGGCCAAGAUGGGCGGAUCACGAGGUCAGGAGUUCGAGACCAGCCUGGCCAACAUAGUGAAACCCCACCUCUACUAAAAAUACAGAAAUUAGUCAGGCGUGGUGUCGCGCGCCUGUAGUCCCAGCUACUCAGGCUGCUGAGGCAGGCGAAUCACUCGAACCUGGGAGGCAGAAGUUGUGGUGAGCCGAGAUUGUGCACUCCAGCCUGGGUAACAGAGCGAGACUCCAUCUCAAAAAAAAAAAAAAAAAAAAACCAAGUUCCCACUGGUGAUGCCUGUGUGACACAUUUGGGUAUUUAGUAGGAAAUAAUGAAGUGUUUUGAAGCUUCGAGAGAAGCUUCAAAAUUGUCACAAUUGCUGAAAACAGAAUUAAUCGUGAACAUUAUCUCGAUAUUUUGUAUAAUAGACAAGACCACAGUGUUUUGGUUCCCUGACCUGUUUUUGUGUUUAUGUUAGGAUCUGAAUCAUGUUCUGGGUAAGGGGACGAGGAGCAAACACUGCACUAAGAUUUGGUUUGCCAAAUCAGAUUCUUUGGUCGAGUCAGUUUGGGGCCAGGCGUGGUGGCUCACGCCUGUAAUCUCAGCACUUUGGGAGGCUGAGGUGGGCGGAUCACUAGAGUUUGAGACCACCCUGGCCAACAUGGUGAAACCCCAUCUCUACUAAAAAUACAAAAAUUAGCCAGGCAUGGUGGCACCUGCCUGUAAUCCCAGCUACUUGGGAGGCUGAGGCAGGAGAAUCACUUGAGCCCAGGUGGUGGAGGUUUCAGUGAGCUGAGAUCACACCACUGCACUCCAGCCCUGGUGACAGAGUGAGACUCUGUCUAAAAAAAAAAAGGGAAUCAAUUUGGGUCUUGGCAGAAAUCAACGUAAGGAAUAUGACAGGACCCCAGUAGGUAACCUGAGUGCUCAGGUCUGAGCUGUGGUCUCUUUUAUGGCUUCAUGAAAGGACCGUGCCCUCAUGGAGGGGACCACGGCUUGGCUUGUGGGGUCUUAGGUGAUGGCUGCCUUCUUUCUUCAUCACCACACCCAGCUUCUUGCUGGCACUUAGGGGAAGAGAGCAGGAAAUGAGAGGUUUACCUUUUAUCUCCCAGCGAGCGAGAUGUUUCCCUGUUCAGAGAGGAAGUAACAUCGCUUAUGCUUGACUCGUGUUUUGUUGUUGUUGUUGUUUGUUUUUCUUUCAAUUGGAAUUCUGUAUUUAAGAUGUUAUGUCAGCUGACACAUGGGACACUCCUGAAGAGGUGACCAGCCCCCCACCCUGUUUGGCAGUGAGUUUCCGCACCACCGGCCUCAGAAGUGUCCCUUUUGCUUCGUCUCUUGUUCACUUGCUUUGUAAAUACUUUGGUCCCAAGCUGAGACAAUUGCUGUGUAAAACGUGAAGAGUCAAUCCCAAAGGGUGUUAUUUGUCAGAAGAACUUGCCGUGUGCCUUCACCGAAGGCAGUCAAGUCUGCAGUUGGAUUUUUCUCACUGGUGAAUGACAAGAAACAGGGAUAAUUUUGCACUGCGGAGAUAUUACGGGAGUUGUCUAUAUGAUUAUAGUACCUGAUUCUUUGAAUAUAUCAUUGAACUCCAAAAUGAAUUCAACCUCCAUUCAGGCUUCAUGAAAUCUCUGAAGUUGCUGAAAUUUGUAUAUUAUUUUCCUUUUCCAAUGCAAGAUCUGCUGGUGAGGGGAAAUGACUGUCUGGUUUUAUUAUGGUUUAUAAAUUAAUAAAUGGGCUAUUUAAUUCUGUAUAUAAA